AGGAUUUUACUAGUAAGGGUUCAUUAAAAAAUCAUCAAGUCAUCCACACUGGAGAGAAGCACUUCAGCUGUGACUUGUGUGGAAAGUCUUUUACCCUGGCUGGAAACUUAAAAAUGCACCAACUUAUCCACACUGGAGAGAAGCCGUUCAGCUGUGACUUGUGUGGAAAGUCUUUUACCCUGGCUGGACACUUAAAAACGCACCAACUCAUCCACAGUGGAGAGAAGCCGUUCAUCUGUGACUUGUGUGGAAAGUCUUUUGCCCUGGCUGGAAAUUUAAAAGGACACCAACUCAUCCACAGUGGAGAGAAGCCGUACAGCUGUGACUUGUGUGGAAAGUCUUUUACCCAGGCUGGAAACUUAAAAAUGCACCAACUUAUCCACACUGGAGAGAAGCCGUUCAGCUGUGACUUGUGUGGAAAGUCUUUUACCCAGGCUGGAAACUUAAAAAUGCACCAACUUAUCCACACUGGAGAGAAGCCGUUCAGCUGUGACUUGUGUGGAAAGUCUUUUACCCAGGCUGGAAACUUAAAAAUGCACCAACUUAUCCACAGUGGAGAGAAGCCGUACAGCUGUGACUUGUGUGGAAAGUCUUUUACCCUGGCUGGACACUUAAAAACGCACCAACUCAUCCACAGUGGAGAGAAGCCGUUCAACUGUGACUUGUGUGGAAAGUCUUUUGCCCUGGCUGGAAAUUUAAAAGGACACCAACUCAUCCACAGUGGAGAGAAGCCGUACAGCUGUGACUUGUGUGGAAAGUCUUUUACCCAGGCUGGAAACUUAAAAAUGCACCAACUUAUCCACACUGGAGAGAAGCCGUACAGCUGUGAUCAGUGUGGCAGAGCUUUUAAUCGCAGUAGCCACUUAAUGAGUCAUCAAGUUACCCACUCUGGAAUUAAGGCAUACAGCUGUGACUAUUGUGGAAAAACUUUCAGUCAGCUAGGGAGCAGAAAUGCACACCUACGCAUUCACACUGGACAUGAUGUGUACAGCUGUGAUCAGUGUGGGAAAAAGUGUGGAACAGAUGCACAGUUACAACGCCACAUGUUUACCCACACUGAGGAGAGACCUCAUAAAUGUGACCUGUGUGAUAAGACUUUUAAAACUCCACAGCACCUGAGAUCACACCAACAGAUCCACAGCAGAAAGAGACUCUACAAGUGCAGUUACUGUGAGAAGCAGAGCCACACAGAUGGAUCCAGUUCUCAACCCUGUCAUCACUGUGGUGGUGGGAAAGCGUUUCGCUGUGACCUUUGUGGGAAAACUUUCAGUCAUCAAGUGAGCCUAAAAAUACAUCAGCGUAGACACACUGGACACAAACUGAAGGACUGCAAAGAAUGUGGGAGAAGCUUCACCACAACAGGUGUCCUUAAAGCGCAUAAACGAGUCCACACAGGAGAGAACUGUUUUGUGGACUGCUCGCCUCGCUGUGUGUACCCACUGCCUGUUUUUGACUAA